AUGUUUAUAUUUGUUGCGCCGAUUCCAUUCGAUUUUAUUUUUUAUACAAGCGGUUCACUACACUGUGAAGCAUUCGAUACCAAUGAAGCACAUUAUUAUCAAAUCUUUCGAGGAUUUUUCACUGUCUUCUCCUAUGCUAUGGUACCAUUUGUUGGCAUAUCAAUUAGUAACUUUUUAAUCAUCAUGGAACUGAAAAAAUCAAAAGAACGCUUCAUGGCAAAAGAUGAAAACGGUACCAUGAGACGGUUCUCGACCAAUGUUGUCGAUAAACGAGGUACAACGGUGAUGCUACUAGUGGCAUCGUUUGCGUUCGUUCUUCUUCUUGGCCCAUUCUAUGUUCAUUGGUGUAUCGCCUAUCUCUUCUACUAUUAUCCUCAAUGUCAAUUCACGCGAAAUCUGUAUGAAAACGUUCAAGUUUGCAUGGGAGUGUUCCAUCCGUAUCUAACUGUUAUCGAAAAAGGUAUGCGAGAGUCGAAUCAUGCAAUCAAUUUUCUUCUCUAUUGGUCAACAUCGACUCGUUUCCGAUUGGACUUCAAACGCAUAAGUCGUCGGUUAUUUUUGCAGAUCUUCGGCACAUCCAUCUUAUUUUUAUACAAACAUAUUUGUUUUUGUUGUACAGAACCAUCAUGUCUCGUGACACUUGAAAGACAUGUGUCAGAUACAACGGAUUUAGAUUCAUCGUAUGAAUCGAAUCGAAAGAAUCAAACAGCUUACAAAACUUCACAUUACUAUUCGAACUAUGAACGACGACGUCAACAUCAACUUGUUCAAGCGACACUGUUAAAUAGUACGAUUCCAAGUGAUACAAAUCUAACGCCGGCAACAUCGCUGCAUACAUUGACAGCGAAUACAGCUAAGACAGUACGAAUGUUAACGUGGAAUCCUCACGAUCCAAUGAUGCGUAGUUUAGAAAGUCGACGACAAGCAGCACGUUUAUCUAAGCAGCUUUCAACAUCCGGUGCUGUCUAA